AUGGUCAAGGGAGGGAAAACCAAACAAUAUUAUGAUAAAGCAUUUUGGUGGAAAAUAGUUGAUGGGGAAGUUCCUUUCCAUGGACAUAUGUCAAUGAAUAAAUUGCUAACCAGCCUCAUUCAUUAUAAGGGUUCUGUUCAAGCUCAGAACUUAAGUGAUUCUCUUGCUGAAGCUAUGUCUGAUAUAAAAUUCAAGGUUGGUCUGAGGAAGGAUUCUUGUUCUUUUGCUGAAGCCCGUGGUGCUGGUUUUACUGGAGAACGAUAUUUUGCACUUUUGUACAGUGCUCGCCUCAGGCUGCGAGGCAGUCUACAUACAGCUGCAGCUAGAGUUAACGAGCUACUGAAGGAACUUGGAUUGGAGUAUGUUGCAAAUGUGCGAAUUGGCAGUGAAUCAAGCCGGGGCAUUUCUAGCGGUGAGAGUUCUGUAGGAGUAGAUCUAGUUCAUGAACCGGCUAUUCUUCUAAUUGAUGAACCAACAUCUGGAUUGGAUUCAGCAUCAGCUCUUCAUAUAGUUUUGUUGCUCAAAUCUAUGGCUAUAAAGCAAGAUAAAACAAGCAUACUAACCAUCCAUCAACGUGGUUUCCAAAUUCUUGAGCUAUUUGAUAAGAUUCUGUUGUUAUUAAAUGGAACUAUUCUUCAUCAUGGUUCCUUGCAUCUCCUCGAGCAGCGGCUUACAUUUGCUGGUCAUUCCAUUCCUAGGCAUGUUAAUGUGCUUGAGUUUGCUAUCGAAAUGACAGAAGCCCUGGGCAUGGAAGAUAGUGAAGAAGGUGAAAUAGAAGAUACCGAUGUAGCACAAGAUUAUGAGCACAUCAGAAGAAAUCCUAACCAAUACAGCAAUAUUGAAGAAACUAUUUACUCCAAUGGUCGAUUCAAGGAGGUUUUAAUACUGGGUCAGAGAUUCUCCAAUAUCAUUUGCAGAACCAAUCAGCUCUUUGCACCAAGAAUACUACAGGCAGUACUUGGUGGGGUUGUGCUUGGAACUAUAUUCAUGAAUGCAACAAAUGAUUCAAAGAGACUUAAACUUCAGACUCAAAUUGGGUUCUUUGCCUUCAGCCUCACCUUCUUGUUGUCAUCCACAACAAAAGGCCUACCCAUUUUCUUGCAAGAAAGAAGAAUUUUAAUGAGAGAAACCUCAAAAGGAGCGUAUAGCGUUUCUUCGUAUGUCGUAUCAAACACUCCUCUACAGCACCCCAGUAUACUGGGUAGUUGGAUUGAGAAGGGAAAUGGGUGGGUUAAAAUACUUUUAGCAAGCGGAGAGUAUACAUUCAAAAAAAUCAACAGAAAGACAUGUUUUUUUUAUGCUCUUCUUUCUCAAUCAUGCAUAGCUAAAUAG